AUGCCUCAAUCUAAGACCUGUGCUAACUGCAAUGCUAGCUUCACUGGAGCAGAGUCUGACCACACCAGAGUCUGUAUCAAGUAUAUGUUUUCUAUUCUUCAUGAUCUCAAAAAUCAACAAGGCCCUGAAAUUCCAAUUGAAAGAGAUGCUAACAAUAAAAUCAUUUGCAAGUGUGUUAGGAAUGGAGUCAAGUGUAACAACAGAUAUGCCACCAAGAACGGAUUGGAAAAGCAUCUCAAAAAGACCAAUCCUGAAUAUUGGGUGGCGCCUGAGGAGUUAAGGAAAACCCCUUCUCCUACUGCAAUGGUGGUGGAUGAUGACCAUUAUUCCUCUUCACCUGCUCCAAUGGCCAUGUCCCCUACUGGUUCUCAUAUGCAAGUUCUUAGCCGGCGAUCUAGUGUUAGCUACCUUGAUCGAAGCCGCUCUCCCUCAAUAGCUGAUGCCCAGCCAACUGGUUCAGCAUCCACUACUCAGCCAGCACAUCUAGAUGAACUCUAUGAUGUAGAAGAUGGUUCUCUGUCUCAGUGGGGCCUACGCAUCAACCGUCGCCUUCGCUGCUUUAUCUGCAUCGACUGCCAGACAGUUGUGUGUACUUCGAAGGCUGCAAAGCACAUCGAAGUCACCCAUGCUGUCACCAAGAUUCAAGUUGAUAAAGAUCUCCUUAAUUCUAUCAUCUCUAAGGAGAAUCUCAUCUUGGAAUGGCCAGAAAAACCUACAGCAAUCUGUCCGGCAUAUGCUGGUCUUCCCACUGCUUAUGGCCUUCUAUGUCCUACUUGUGGAGAGAUGUUCAGUACUCCAAAGUCUGUCAACAAACAUAGCAACGAAAAGCACAAUGUUUCCACCUGGAACAAAGUGCUUGAAGAGGCCUGGAUGCAGCGCUUUUCUCAACACCCUCUUGCCAAGUCCUGGUUCCCUGUCUACCCCUUCUCUGCACAAUCUUUCAACCCCCCUUCUGAUUACCUUGUUACUCUACGUCAACAACUUGAUCAACGUCCUGCUCUCGACUCUGACCAAAUUGAUGUCCGUCACAUCAACCCCUGGCUUAUCACUACCGGCUGGCAGACAUUUACGCACGACCAUUCUGCCUAUGCUCAGCCUAUCCUCAUCGACAUUCCUCAGCAGCCUUCCCAUGCAAACUCUCUCGAUCUGGUCAGAACAUUUGUGUAUCAAUAUCUGGAACGAGCCUACAACUUGAUCCCUCGUACCUCUGAGAUCUGUAGACAGAUUCUCAACACAGAUACUCUUACAGACACAUUCAACCAUACGCCAUUCCAUAUGCAUCAAGAUCCUUCAUCAUUCACCAACUGCCAGCGUCUUCUUACCCAACUCAUUCUAUAUCUGCUUCGCACCCGUCCCAGCCCUACCCAUCCUCUCCCACUCCCCAACACCAUUGUGGCACUUCUCGACAAUCUGAUUCAGGCUUUAGACACAGCAUCACUCGUUGAAGCUGUUGAAGAGUCUGGCCCAGAUCCAGUGGAAACCAUCUAUCAGACGCUCCAUGCUCUUUUGGUCGCUAUCUGGACAACAGAAUGGAUCCCAUCACCUUUCAUUCUAGAUGGCAAUGUCAAGGAGAACCCAAUUCCUGAUCCCACUGUUCGUUUUAUCGUCUGCACUCAGAUGAAUCAAGAUGGAACUCUCAAGGACCCUCGUGAUGUCACUGGGGUCCUUGCCAAGCUGACAUAUUGUAUGCGGCUUGUGUUCCUGAAGCAGUCCUGGAACCUUCACAGCUCCGACCCCCAUCUCAGUUCUGUCACUGCAGCUGCUCGUUCUCUUCGUCUCUGGUUCACCGAGGGGUCAGAAUCCACUUUCCACACCAUUCGCACUCUUCAGCAUCGAGCCUCUGCCAUCACCAUGUCCACUCAGAACGAGCCCAACAUGAAGUGGAAGGAUGAUUCUAACUUCACAUCCUUGAUCUUCAAAGGUCACGAAGUUAGUCUAGAGAAGCUGGCUACACAGGCCGCUGCUCUAGAAGACUACUCUCGUCAACUUCUGACUGAAGUCCUUCUAUUUGAUCAUCCCUUCUUCAUCGACAUCUCUCAGCUCAAAGAUGACAUGGGGAACUCCACUCCUGGCUACUCUCUCUUCACUGAUCGUGCAAAUGAGCCUGUUUUGGGGUUCACUGAUCAGCUCACCCAGCACAUCCUCGACACUCCCUCCCUUCGUUCACGGUUCAUUCUCUCCACACGUGAUGGAGAGAUCCAGUGGAAUGCUAUUGCUCUAGGUGCCUGGCUUUCCAACUAUGCUAAGCUCGACCUUCUCUGUCUUGUUCAGGUGGAGAUGAACUGCGGUGCACCUCCUCGCACUACGGAACUUACUGCCAUGGCACGCUGCAACACGCUCUAUGGCAUGCUUCGAGCUAUUCGCAUCAUCGAUGGGCAUGUCGUUUUGAUGCGCUCCUAUCACAAGAUGCGUACUGCUCAAGGUCAUGACCGUGUCAUUCCUCAUUCCCUCAACGCUGCUCUCGCUGCUCUCCUCAUCUACAAAGAAGCCCUCUGCCACCCUUUUGCUCAACUCUGUGUCAAUGUCCUCUAUCCCAACGAUCGCUAUGUCAAAUCCCUCUACCAAAACUUCCUCUUCAUCAACCACAAUAAGCCUUUUGUGGGUGAUGAUAUCACUCAGGAAAUGCGCAACUGGACCAAGCAAUACAUUGGCUAUGAGCUGGGAGUACGUGACUGGAGGCAGGUGUCUACCCCUCUGCGACGUCAGCAUGCUGGGCUACAAGAGAAGUGGUUGGAGGAUCAGGAGACCGCCGAUGCAGCACAGGCUGGUCACUCACAUCAUGUGGACCACAUGCGCUAUGGUGUUACAGCACGAGGUUCUACUAGUCUUGCAGAAGACUACCUCGAUCCUUUUCUCGAGACCUCUGUUCGAUGGCAUGCUACUCUCAAGCUUGUUCCAGGCGGCAAGCUCAUAUCUCUGGAUGCGGCUUCUCAUCACAACUUCCAACCUCCUACACGUCGACAUUUAUCUACCAAUGCUGGUCAGAUAGAUGUAGCUGCCAUCGUGGAUGCAGUAGCAGUUAAAGUUCAAGAUCAACUUGCUGCUCUCAAGCAGGACCUUGCUACGCAGGCAACAGCCAACCAUCAGGCUUUGUUGACUUCUAUCA